AUGUCGUCGGGUAGACAGAAGAAGGAGGGCGGGACGCAACGCCCCUCUGAGCCCCCAGCAGCAGCAGCAGAAGAAGAAGGAUGCCGCAGUGCCCUUCUUGUAGUCGGCACGUACCACUCGGUGAUGGCGGGGCUCGUCUUCCGCCGCAAGAAGUUUGAGAUGCUCUUCUCCAUCAAGCACCACGUGGGGUGCAUCAACAGCGUGGCGGUGGGCGAGCGCUACAUGGCCUCCGCCGGCACCGACGAGCGCGUGUUUCUCUUCACGAACAAAUGCCAGCAGCGCCUGACACCACGCGAGCGCGAGAAGCUGCGAGCGGCUGGUGCGUCGCUGGGCGUGCGCCUCGCCGACCUCGGCCACGUGUCGCCGCCCAGCGAGGUGCGCU